AUGCAUUACUCCACCGAGUACGAUAACCGUUCAGGCGCUCUUGGUAGUCACAGUAAUAUCAGCACAUUUAGCCCGAACGCCCACGCCAAUGAAGACUGGUCCAAGAUUUCCGAUCCCGCAGAGCGCCGUCGCAUUCAGAACCGCAUAGCUCAGCGUAACUACCGCAAGAAGCUGAAGCGCCGACUGGAGAAUCUGGAGAGACGAGCUGGGUCUUCGGCUUCUCCAGAACAAUCACAAGCAAAGCCAAUUUUACCAAAGUCGUCUCCGACCAAGACUCGAAUAAAGAUGCGAGCGUCUAAGUCUGUUGCAGAUGUCAAGCCUCACAUCUCGCAUUCAUCGGACCGACCUGCGUCCUACGAACACUACACGAAUUCAGAUGAUCGCCAAACCGUCUUCGCUCAACAAUGCACUCGCCAGCUCUCGGAAUUCCCUCCACAACUCCUCUACCGUCCUUCCAUGUCCCCAUACGACGCCUACCGGCAAUCAGCCUACUUCCAGUCUCCAUUCUACCGUGCUACCCCGAAUAAUUACAACGAAGUUACCACCUACCAGACAGAAUACAGCGAUCCAUUUGUUUCAGUAGUGCCUAUGCUCCCUUCAUUGCACACGGCGGGCAAAAUCGCCUACGACGAGGAUUUCACCAGUCCAUUCAGCAUAUGCCACGCAACAAUAGCAGGCUUCGAACUAUGCCAACAGCAGCAAGAAGCACACUCUCAGAAUGCUCUGCCGAAUGGUCUUCCGGUACAUAUUUCUCGCUGA